AUGAUCCAUGCUCGAGUUUUGUCCAAACAAGUGCUCGAAAGUGACCGCUUCCCAUGGGACAUGAUCUAUGCUCGAGUUUUGUCCAAACAAGUGCUCCAAAGUGACCGCGUCACAUAUUCUCCGAGUUACGACACGGGAAUACUCGGUAAAGGAAAGCUUUGGGCAGAGGAAUUUGGUGAGCUGAUGAAUAGAAAGGUACGGUUGGCUUCUCAUACUGUUGAAUCAAUUCCAAAUUAUUUCAUAAACUUUCGUAAGCUGAGAGAGAUUAGGGAGAGAUUGGACGAUAUAUCGACGGAGAUGGGCGGGUUCCAUCUGAUGUCGAGACUACCACAGACUGGUAAUAGAGAAGGAAGAGAAACUGGACCUCACAUAGUUGAGUCUGAAGUUUGUGGUAGAAAAGAGGAUGUGGAAAAGGUUGUGAAAAUGUUAUUGGCAUCUAAUACUGAUUUCCGAGUGAUUCCUAUAAUUGGGAUUGGAGGUAUUGGAAAAACAACCGUUGCUCAAUUAGCCUACAAUGAUGAGAGAGUGAACAAGCAUUUUGAUUUGAAGAUUUGGAUCUCCCUAUAUGAUGAUGAUUUUAAUCCUAGGAAGAUUAUGAGUCAAGUGUUGGCUUAUGUCCAGAAGGGCGAGCAUUAUUCGAUAUCCCAGAUGGGUUUGCUGCAGUCACAAUUGCGGAAAGCAUUGCACGGAAAAAGAUUUGUCCUUGUGUUGGAUGAUGUUUGGAAUGAGGAUCCAGAUAAAUGGGAUAAAGUAAGGAAUCUGCUAGGGGAUGGUACAAAUGGAAGCAGAGUUAUUGUCACCAGCCGGAGCUGGAAUGUAGCAUCCAUAAUGAGCACUAGCCCCCCUUACCAUUUGGAAGCCCUGUCUGAGGAUGAUUGCUGGGUGUUGUUCAAGCAGCGGGCCUUUCCUGAUGGAGAUGAAAAUGAUUUUCCAAACUUACUACCUGUUGGAAAACAGAUCAUUGACAAGUGCAAAGGAUUGCCUUUGGCAGCGAAAGUUCUUGGAAGCUUAAUGCGGUUCAAACGCGAAGAAAGUGAGUGGUUGCGGGUGCAAGGGAGCGAAUUAUUGAAUCUUGAUAGACAGGACAAUAAAAUAAUACAGAUCCUAAGGUUGAGUUUCGAUCAUCUGCCAUCACAUUUAAAGAGAUGUUUUGCUUAUUGUGCGGUUUUUCCGAAGAAAUUUGAAAUAUGCAAGGAAAAGUUGAUCCAUCAAUGGAUAGCCGGGGGAUUAGUUCAAUGCGAUCAUGAUCUGGUGUCCGAACCUGAAGACAUCGGCUCCGACUAUCUCACUGAUCUGCUAAGGAUGUCUUUGUUAGAAGUGGUGAGUGGAUGUGAUGACAGCAGCACAACAAGGAUCAAAAUGCAUGAUCUUAUUCAUGGUCUUGCUAUAUCAGUUGCUGGUAAUGAAUUCCUCACUACAGGGAAGACUGAACAACAAGGGACCUUGAAACUGAGCCACUCCACAAAAGUUAGACAUGCUGUGGUUGAUUGCUAUUCUUCAUCCAACCGGGUUCCUGGAGCCUUGUACGGAGCAAAGGGAUUGCGUACCCUCAAGUUGUUAUCUCUAGGAGAUGCAUCAGAGAAAUCCGUCAGGAAUUUAAUUUCAAGCUUCAAGUACCUCAGAAUUCUGAAUUUGAGUGGGUUUGGCAUAAAAAUUUUGCACAAAUCCAUUGGUGACUUGACAUGCCUGAGAUAUCUUGAUCUGUCCGACACUCCAAUUGAAAAAUUACCAGCAUCUAUUUGUAACCUCCAAUUGCAGACACUAGAUUUAUCAAGUUGCUAUAUUCUUCAAAAGUUACCCAAAAGGACGAGAAUGAUGACCAGCCUGAGACAUCUGAAGAUAGAAAACUGUGCAAGACUUGCUCGCUUGCCAGAUUUUAUUGGGGCAUUGGGAAAUCUUCAGACCUUGCCUAUAUUUAUAGUUGGCAAAACAUGGGAGGAUGGCCUAUAUGAGUUACUAAAGCUACAAAAUCUUCGAGGUGAACUGAAAAUUAAACACCUCGAGAAUGUAUUAUCUGCAAAAAAAUUUCCUGGGCCUGGACAUCAUUAUUGUUUCGAAAAUAUGCAACUUAACUCGUUGGGAUUGUCAUGGGGAGAUGCUGAUGCUGAUGAACAUAAGCUGAGUGGUAACAUGAGGGAUCCAAGAAGCCAAACAGGACAUCAUAGUGUUGAAACUGCAAGGAUUUUACUUCAUUCAACAUUGAAGCCAAACUCCAGGAUAAAGAAGUUGUUUGUGAAUGGCUAUCCAGGAACUGAGUUUCCAGAUUGGAUGAACGCAGCCGCCCUCUGCAAUCUGAUACAACUUGAGUUAGCCAACUGCACAAAUUGUGAAAGCCUCCCCACGCUUGGGGAAUUGCCGCUGCUGAAAGUUCUCCGUAUCCAAGGAAUGGAUUCUGUAGUGAACAUCGGCAAUGAGUUCUUUGGUGGCAUGAGAGCUUUUUCAUCAUUGACCGAGUUCUCUCUCAAAGAUUUUCCUAAGUUGGAAACCUGGAGCACCAAUCCUGUGGAAGCAUUCACUUGCUUGAACAAAUUAACUAUCAUUAACUGCCCAGUUUUGAUCACCAUGCCAUGGUUUCCAUCUCUUCAACAUGUAGAGAUCAGAAACUGCCACCCAGUGAUGCUACGGUCUGUAGCACAGCUACGAUCAAUCUCCACUCUCAUUAUUGGCAAUUUUCCGGAGUUACUCUAUAUACCAAAAGCACUCAUAGAAAACAACUUGCUUCUCUUGUCUUUGACAAUUUCCUUCUGUCCCAAACUUCGUUCAUUGCCUGCAAAUGUUGGACAACUCCAGAACUUGAAGUUUCUAAGAAUAGGCUGGUUUCAGGAGCUACACUCUUUGCCACAUGGUUUGACAAAUCUGACUUCUCUGGAGUCCUUGGAGAUUAUCGAGUGUCCUAAUUUAGUCUCCCUGCCAGAGGAAAGCCUAGAAGGAUUGAGUUCGCUGCGAUCACUCUCCAUUGAGAAUUGUCACAGCUUGACUUCUCUGCCGAGUCGGAUGCAACAUGCCACAGCCCUUGAACGCCUAACUAUUAUGUAUUGUUCAAAUCUGGUGUCUUUGCCAAAUGGCUUGCAACAUCUCUCUGCACUUAAAAGUCUGAGCAUUUUAAGCUGCACAGGGCUGGCAUCUCUGCCCGAGGGACUACAAUUUAUUACAACAUUGCAAAACCUGGAAAUUCACGACUGUCCAGGAGUCAUGGAAUUACCAGCAUGGGUGGAGAACCUGGUUUCACUUCGAUCUUUGACAAUCUCAGAUUGCCAAAACAUCAAGUCUUUCCCACAAGGUCUCCAACGACUCCGCGCACUCCAGCAUUUGUCCAUCAGAGGCUGUCCUGAACUCGAAAAACGAUGUCAGAGAGGGAACGGAGUGGAUUGGCAUAAAAUAUCUCACACACCGUAUAUUUAUGUUGGAUUAUCAACAUUGCAGCAGAGACGUGACACUGCUAGCAGCUCUUCAACUUCAUAG